CGCGCGGCUGACUCGGCCGCUCACGCCGUGUUUUCAGUUUAGUUUUGUCAGUUAGAUCGCGAGGUGGAACGCAGCCUUCGGCGGCGUGCUCAACGUGAGAACAAUGCGGCCGUUCCUUCUGCUCGCUUUGCUGGUGGCCGCGACGGCGGCGGCCGCAAGCCGCGAGCUGCACAAGUGCUGUCCCGUGGGACAGAUGCUGCAGGACAACACGUCCUGCGAGGAGGACCUGGAAUCCGAGGACUGGACGCCGCUGAUUUACGCCGUGGCGCCGGGUGGCGGCGGCUUCCAGGCCAACCCUUCGAUUAACCUGAGCGUGACGCCCGAGUGGCGCCCCGUCUGCCAGGACGGCACCCUGCCAGUGCUGCUCAAGUCCGGCACGGUGCUGCCGCUGUUCAUGCUGCUCGAGAUGAACGAGCAGCUCAUUCUGACCCUUCCGCAUUCCGCAGACCUGCCCAUUUUCACGCCGCAAACCUUCUGCGUCGACCGGCUGUCCGCCCUGGUGUGCGGCGCUCCGAGGAUGGAGGGCAUCCGCAACUGCUGCGGCAAGGACGCCGCCUACUCCGAGUCGCUGUCCUCGUGCAAACACAACGAGCAACAGGGGGAACCACUGGACGCGGUGACCAACGCCACGGGCUUCCCGCACUGCUCGUCGAAGAGCAACAACUACGUCCUGGCGGGCGAGCUGGAGGGCAACCUGACGGAGCACCUGAACGGCACCUCCCUGCAGCUGGAGCCCCCGCCGGCGGCGCCCUUGCUCAUCGAGGACUACUGCCUCGUCAGGGUGCUGGAGCGCCCUGAGCGGGUGGCCGUGCUGGUCUGCAACGACCACCUGCUGCCCGACAUGCGGCCCGUCGACGACGUCCAAGAGGGUGACAUCAGACUGACCCUGUACCCUGCCGGACUGGCCAUUUCGGCCUUCUUCCUGGCCGCCACCCUGGCCACCGGCUUCCUCGUGCCCAAAGCCCACCACGCACUGCACUGGCGCUGCCAGACCUGUCACGUUGCCUGCUUGUUGGUCGCCGACCUCCUACUGGCAAUUGUGCAAUUUUCCGGACGGUCCAUCUCAGAAAGGUCCCCUGAGACCUGCACCAUUAUGGCCGUGCUAAUGCACUUCUUCUUCUUGUCCGCCUUCUUCUGGCUCAACGCGAUGUGCUUCAACAUUUGGUGGACUUUCAGGGAUCUGAGGCCCGUGAGCGCGGAUCCUGCUCAGGAGAGGUUCAGGUACCGCGCCUUCUCCAUUUACUCGUGGGGAAUGCCUCUGUUCAUCACUUGCUCCGCCCUCACGCUUGACCUGCUGCCGUUCGAUGAGGAAAUGGCCAAAUCCUUGGUCCGGCCCAGAUUCGGUGAAAAGCGGUGUUGGUUUUUUGGUGGUCUAGAUAUCGUCACCUUCUUCUAUGGUCCUGUCGGUCUCUUGCUGAUCCUGAACUGUAUGCUCUUCGCCGCUACAACUCGGGAGUUGACGUGCGGACUGUGGCGCAGGGAAGGCGUCAAAACUGGCGGCGGAUCUCACGGCUCUGCUGAGAGAACGACCCUGGGUCAAGUUUGCAUGAAACUGGUGGUUGUGAUGGGAGUGACCUGGCUGGCCGACGUGGUCUCGUGGUUCGUCGGCGGCCCUUCGUACCUGUGGUACAUAACCGACCUGAUCAACGCCCUGCAAGGAGUGUUCAUCUUCAUCGUGGUGGGCUGCCAGCCACAAGUGUGGGCAGCCAUCAAGCGGCUGUGGUGGUGCGGCCGCCGGCAGAACCUACCCCAGGCGGCUGCCAACCCCAUGUCGCAGACCUCGCAAGGUCUUCCUUCGACGACCGCGGGCGAAACCACCACCAGCAGUCCAGUGUCAAAGUCCAAUGGAGAAAUAAUGCCUCCAUUAGAGACCGUCUGCUAGCUGACGCAGGACUGAGCUCCGAUAGUGCCAAAAAUGAACAUACGAAAUGAGAGUAUUUUUAACCUUUUUAAAGACUGAUGAUGUCUAAAACGAUGCAGUAUUUUUUAUAUUAGUUUGACGAGAAAAUGUAAAUACUCGCAAGGAUAGUCAUUAACCGUGGUGUGAAACUGUGUAUUAUACUUUUGCCUGUGGAGUAUAUUUGUAAAAUUACAAAAUAAGGUUCCUCCGUAGUUAUAUUUAUGGAUGUAUUGCAUAGCAAUUGAUAAAUUUUAACCGUUCAAAAUUCUUUUAUUUAUUACCAGCUUUUGUAUGCAACUCACAAACCUGGUCUGCAGGCCAUGUGUACCUGUACUGUACGUUUAAAAGCCACUGCAUACUAACAUGCUUCAUUAUUGGUGUCAUGACAAUGAAAUAUAAUGUUAUUCCGCUCAAAAA